ACGAGUCCAAACCACUGCCUCGCCAUGCCGUUCCUCAAAGUCUCUGACAGUGUCACAUUCCACUACAUCAUUCCAAGCUGCCCAGACCACGAUCGACAAUACUUGGAUCCUAAGAAGCCGACGGUCCUGCUCUUACAUCCACGUCUAUUCGAUUCCUAUUUCUUUACACCGCAAUGGCAUGAUGCACGCCUUGCGCGAGGAUACAACCUUCUCGCAAUCGAUCACCACUACCAUGGCAAAACAAAUGCCGUGGUAGAUGACAAGCCGUACGACUUUAUGAUGGUCGCGGCGGACUUGUUACAAGCCUUAGACAAGCUUGGUGUUAAGAAGUGUCACAUAUUUGGCAACAGUCUCGGCGCACCAAUUGCUUUCCGUAUGUACAUUCUACGCCCGAAUACAGUUGAAAGCAUGAUUCUGUGCGGAAAGCAUCCCCCUGUUGAGACGGAAGAGAACAAAGGACAGUACCGUUCCCUGCGAGACGCGUGUUUAGACUAUGACGACGAUGGGAAUGACAAGUUAGCGUCCGACGUCGUGUACGGAUUACAUUACAUCUAUUUUGGUGAAGAGACUGGAGCAGAUGCCAUUAUAGAGGAAUGGGUGGCCACCUCAAACUUCCGUCCGUCGAAUCAAAAACUCAUCAAGAAAAUAUUCUCUUCACUCCUGGAUAGAACCCCGCUUUGUCCGGAGCAGGUCGCUUCUGUCACUUGUCCUGUGCUUAUUAUCCAUGGAGAGGCUGACGUGCCGUAUCCGCCCUCCGUGGCACACGAGAUUUACGAUUCCAUGCCGAAUGCUAAGAGAGAGUUAGUCAUAAUCCCUGGCGCACCGCACUUCUUGAGCUGGACGCACGCGCAGGAGGUCAACGAUGUUGUAGUCAGCUUCUUGGAUCGCAUCACUGGUGUAGACAGCGAGGCACUCGGGCACCUUCCCAUUAAUUUUGCAGCGCUUCAUAAAAAGACGCCGUUCUGGAAGAAACUCGUGAUUUGACGGUCGGGCUCUUCAUCGCAUUGGACGUUCACUGCGUUUUGAAUCCUGAACAUUUUAUUCAGUGCAGUAGAGUACUGCUCUGUCUGGUCCGC